AAUGUCAAAAUCAUAUUUUUCCAAUUUCAGCUGGUUAAAAAUCAUCUACCAUUGAAAGCUUCUAUAAACAAUCAUCUCUAACAAUGGCAAAUUCAAAGGACGAGCCGGCUUUCCUUGCUCAUCAAUGUUACCUAAAAAAAGACUAUACAGGUGCAUUGAAAUAUUUAAAUGAUUUGGAAAUUCUCGUGGGAAACAACAACAGUCUCUUGAAACGAGUGCAACAUAACAAAGCUGUGGUGGAAUUUGCCAUAAGUGAUAUGAAAAAUACUGACAAAUUUAAAAAAUCACUUGCUCAGUUCACAGGAGUUACUUUUCCUGAAGUUGAAAUGAAAGAUUUAAACGCUCCUUGUUUAUUGUACAAUUACGCUGUAUUACUUUAUCAUUCACGGUACUACUACCAGUGUACGGUUUUAUUGGAAAAAUUAUUGUCCUGUAAAAAUAUUAAGGACACUAAACUUCAUCACAGAAUUAUCCUUCUUUUGCUUGAAGCUACAUUGUGUCGCAGAACAUAUGAAAAAACUUUAGAGAUAGCCAAAACUUAUGGAGAGCCACUUAAGUCCAACAAUGAAGUGAGCGAUCUGUACGAAAGGUUAAUUAGCAGAGCACAAGUGUUCCUCGGACAAAAGAUAAAUUUAAAACUUGAUUCUAUUGAAAAUGCCUUUAUUGUAGCUCAACAAAAGUUGUUAAAUGGUGACACAAAUGAAUCAGCCAACACACUAGGUUUGUAUAAGAAAAUUAAGUUUAAUUAUGAUCUAAAAAGUCAAGGGGAAGAUAUUUGGGCAGCGAUUAAUAACAAUCUUGGUGUCAUAUAUUUGUCUAUUAAGAAACCGUUUCUAGCUGCAAAAUAUUUUCAACAUGCAGUUAAAGAACACUUCAGGGUUAUAGAAAAUGAAGACAGUGAGAUUUUAAUUACAUGUAAGGAUAGACCUCUGUAUGUAUACAACUUGGGGCUGGCUUUGUUAGCUGCAAAUAACUCAGAUGGAGCAUUUGAAUGUUUAGUAGAAGCUGCUCGACAUUAUCCUAAUAAUCCUCGCAUAUGGCUGAGGCUGGCAGAGUGUUGUGUCAAAAAGUGCUGUAAUGAAGAAGCUCAGCAAUUUACAGUCAAGAAGUUAGGUAGUGGACCACAUACAAGAAUUCUCCUGACAAAAGAAAAUAAAGAAAAAUACUCAACAUCUGGUGAAUCGUUUGCUAUACCUUCACUUUCUCUAGAAUUUGCAGCUCUUUGUCUAAGAAAUGCAAUAAGUUUGCUCCCUGAUGAAGAAUCUUCAUCUGAUGUAAGCUCUAUUUUAAUUCAGGCUCCACCUGGUCCUCCUAUAAACUGGAAACAAAGGUCUGAUCUAAAGAACUCAAUUUUAAUUCUCCAAAGUUACAUAUUUCUUCAAUUGCAAGAUCCCCUCUCUGCCCUUAUGACUUCAAAUGAAUUACUCAAUCAGCCAGAUGCAACAAACAGUCAAAAAGCAUGGGCCCAUAUUUAUGCCGCUGAAGCUUUGAUUAAUCUUGAUAAAAUUACAGAAGCUGUGGAUCAUUUGCAUCCUCCGAUGAUUCACGAUUUAGUUUCAGCCCUUCCAAGCCAAAUGCGGGAUAUGAUUGCUGUGUCUGUGUGGGCUAAAGCUGCAGUCUGUCACAUAUUAAGAGGAGACCUCAUCACGGCAAGAAAGAUUUUGUUACAAAUCAAUUCAUCUAGAGUUCUCCCACUACAAAUGUAUUUGGAAAUUUGCACAGGAAAUAUAGAAAACUGCCAUACAAUUUUACGAAAAAUUCGUAUCUCUAAUGCAACUUAAUUGCUGUCAAAUGUAUGUGUAAUAUUAUGCGACUUAAAUGUUUUAUGUGUUUUUAAUUAUAUGGUUUUGCUUA